GGCCGCGGAGCGCAGGAUGCAGUGCCCCGGCGCCCAGGACCCGGUUUCUGCAGAGAGAACCCCCCGGAAAAGAGAGUGGAGACCUCAGAUUUAUAGGAAGUGCACAGAUACGACAUGGUUAUUCCUGUUCUUUCUCUUUUGGACUGGUUUGCUGUUCAUUCUGGGCUACUCGGUGGUGGCGGGAGCCACGGGAAGACUUCUCUUCGGCUACGACAGCUUUGGCAACGUGUGUGGCAAGAAGAACUCCCCGGUAGAAGGGGCCCCUCUUUCAGGGCAGGACAUGACGUUGAAAAAACACGUAUUCUUUAUGAAUUCCUGCAACCUGGAAGUCAAGGAUGUGAGGCUCAGUUCCACCAUCCUGUGUGUGUCCCACUGUCCUGAAGAGCAGCUUGAUACCCUGGAAGAGGUCCAGCUCUUUGCAGACAACAAUGGGUCCUUCCUGUGUGUUUACAGUUUGAAUUCCAUCAACUACACCCAGAAUCCAAAUGCAGACUCAUUAUGUCCCAAACUACCAGUUCCUCCAAGCAAGUCUUUCCCCUUGUUUAACAGAUGCGUCCCUCAAACACCUGAGUGCUAUUCCUUGUUUGCAUCUGUGUUGAUAAAUGAUGUUGACACCCUCCAUCAAAUUCUACGUGGAAUAAUGUCCGGAAGAGACACGAUCCUUGGUCUGUGUAUCCUCGCAUUAGCCUUGUCUUUGGCCAUGAUGUUCACCUUCCGGUUCAUCACCACCCUUCUGGUUCACAUUUUCAUUGCACUGAUUAUUUCGGGACUGCUGUUUGUCUGUGGUGUCCUGUGGUGGCUGUACUACGACUAUACCCAUGACCUCAGCAUAGAAUUGGACACAGAAAGGGAGAAUAUGAAGUGUUUGCUGGGGUUUGCUAUUGUAUCUACAGUAAUCACGGCAGUUCUGCUCAGCUUGAUUUUUGUCCUCAGAAAGAGAAUAACAUUGACAGUUGAACUUUUCCAAGUCAUAAAUAAAGCCAUCAGCAACUCUCCAUUCCUGCUCUUCCAACCACUGUGGACUUUUGCCAUCCUCAUUUUCUUCUGGGUCCUCUGGGUGGCUGUGCUGCUGAGCCUGGGAACUGCAGGAGCCGCACAGGUUAUUGAAGGUGGCCGAGUGGAAUACAAGCCUAUUUUAGGCAUUCAGUAUAUGUGGUGGUACCAUUUGAUCGGCCUCAUCUGGACUAGCGAAUUCAUCCUUGCGUGCCAGCAAAUGACUGUGGCCGGCGCCCUGGUCACUUGCUAUUUUAACAGAAAUAAAAGUGACCCUCCUGACCGCCCAAUCCUUUGGUCUCUCUCCAUUCUUUUCUGCUACCAUCAAGGAACAGCCAUAAAAGGGUCAUUUUUAAUCGCUGUGGCCAGGGUUCCAAGAACUGUUCUCAAGUACCUUUCCAACACUCUGAAAGACAAGCAUAGUACGUGGUCGAGGUGCAUGUUCAGAUGCUGCUCCUGCUGUUUCUGGUGUCUUGACAAAUGCCUGUGCCAUCUCAACCAGAACGCAUACACUGCAACUGCCAUUAAUGGGACAGAUUUUUGCACGUCAGCAGAAGAUGCGCUCAAACUCUUAUCCAAGAAUUCAAGUCAUUUCACAUCUGUUAACUGCUUUGGAGACUUCAUAAUUUUUCUAGGAAAGGUGUUGGUGGUGUGUCUCACUGUAUUUGGAGGACUGAUGGCAUUUAACUACAGCCGUGCAUUCCAGGUGUGGACAGUCCCUCUGCUGCUGGUUGCUUUUUUUGCCUACUUAGUAGCCCAUAGUUUCUUAUCUGUGUUUGAAACUGUGCUGGAUGCACUCUUCCUGUGUUUUGCUGCUGAUCUGGAAACAAAUGAUGGAUCGUCGGAAAAGCCCUACUUUAUGGACCAAGAGUUUUUGAGUUUUGUAAAAAGGAUCAACAAGUUACAAAGCCCGAGGGCACAGAGGGAGGCGAACUCAUUAAGGAACGAGGAGGGAACAGAACUCCAGCCCAUUGUGUGAUAGGUGCCUGUUAGAUAGGUGCCCCUGGAAAGUGUCCUUCUUCUAAGAGCCAUUCACAGAAUAAACGGUAAGGCUGAUCGACCUUAUUCUUCUUCGUCGUCUUUGUCCUUCUUGUUUGGUCAUUAUAUCAGAGCCGCAGAAGUAUAACCUAUUCCGGAUUCAGUUGUUCCGUAUUGAUGUAUAUUCACCUGAGGGUAUGAGUAGAAAAUAAUCCUACCCCGUCCCCCCCAAUGUUCCUGAAGAUGAUUUUAAGAUGAUUCCAAGUUGGAUUUAAGGUGCUUUUGAGGCAUGUGAGUCUCCAUGAAAUAGCGAGGGUCAAACACGCGUUUGAAUCCUGGCUGUCAUUUUCUGGGUAAGAUGGGCAGGUCCCUUCAGUUUGCCAAGCCUCAGUCUCUAGCAAAGAGUGCACUGUCGUGUGGAUUAAGUAAUGAUAAAGUAUCUUCUAACAGCACCUGGGAAAG